CUUCACUGCUUACAUCACUAACUAGCCAGUUCCCUCCAGCAGCAGAGAGCUUCAUUUUCUGAUCUGCUUUUGUGCUAAAAUGGAGGCUGGCCUCUCGCCCUGAGUAGAUCGCCUUCCUGGUUGAGGUUUAGAUGUUGACAUGCAAUAAAUCUGGAGACAGGAUGGUUGUGGAUGCUCCUAAUUCCAAUGGGCCUUUUCAGCCGGUGGCUCUUAUGCACUUCAGAGAUGUGGCCCCCGCAGAGCAGGAGAAGCUCUUCAUCCAGAAGCUACGGCAGUGCUGCGUUCUCUUUGACUUCCUGUCCGACCCGCUGAGCGACCUGAAAUGGAAGGAAGUAAAGCGGGCGGCGUUGAGCGAGAUGGUGGAGUACAUCACCCACAACAGGAAUGUCAUCACAGAGCCCAUCUACCCGGAGGUGGUGCACAUGUUUGCGGUGAACAUGUUCAGAACAUUGCCUCCAUCGUCCAACCCCACUGGAGCGGAGUUUGAUCCAGAGGAAGACGAGCCAACACUUGAAGCUGCAUGGCCACACCUCCAGCUCGUCUAUGAGUUUUUCCUUAGGUUUCUAGAAUCACCCGACUUUCAGCCUAACAUAGCGAAGAAAUACAUCGACCAGAAAUUUGUUAUGCAGCUCCUAGAUCUAUUUGACAGUGAGGAUCCCAGAGAGAGAGACUUCCUCAAAACUACCCUCCACAGGAUCUAUGGAAAGUUCCUGGGGCUGAGGGCGUACAUCAGAAAACACAUCAAUAACAUUUUCUAUAGGUUCAUCUAUGAGACGGAGCACCAUAAUGGUAUAGCUGAACUACUGGAAAUUCUUGGAAGCAUAAUCAAUGGAUUUGCCUUACCACUAAAAGAAGAGCACAAGAUUUUCCUGUUGAAGGUUUUAUUGCCUCUGCACAAAGUCAAAUCACUCAGUGUCUACCAUCCACAGCUGGCCUACUGCGUGGUGCAGUUUUUGGAAAAGGACAGCACUCUAACUGAGCCGGUGGUAAUGGCCCUUUUAAAGUACUGGCCAAAGACUCACAGUCCCAAGGAGGUGAUGUUUCUCAACGAGCUGGAGGAGAUCCUGGACGUCAUCGAGCCCUCUGAGUUUGUCAAAGUGCAGGAGCCUCUCUUCAGACAGCUGGCCAAGUGUGUGUCCAGCCCGCACUUCCAGGUGGCCGAGAGAGCUCUUUACUACUGGAACAACGAGUACAUCAUGAGUCUGAUCAGCGACAACGCAGCGAAGAUCCUGCCCAUCAUGUUCCCGGCUCUGUACCGCAACUCCAAGACCCACUGGAACAAGACCAUCCACGGCCUCAUCUACAACGCUCUGAAGCUCUUCAUGGAGAUGAAUCAGAAGCUCUUCGACGAUUGCACACAGCAGUUCAGGGCUGAGAAAAACAAAGAGAAGGCAAAAUCUAAAGAACGUGAGGAGGCUUGGAUUAAGAUUGAGAACCUCGCCAAGUCAAAUCCACAGUUCUUUAUGUAUGUUGAUUCCUCUGACCUCAAUAGUCCUGUAGCAAUGGAGACGGAUGUCCCUUUGAUAGAAGAUGUUCAGAGGUUAAAAAAGACAGUUGAGGAGGGCGCGACUCAGUUACAGCAUGACCAGCGGAAAGAGCGGCCUAUGGUGCGACGCAAAUCUGAGUUGCCUCAGGAUAUCUACACCACAAAAGCCUUGGAGUCCCACCGCAGAGCUGAUGACAUGUUGACCACCCACGAUGGACUCUAGGUCCCGCCUCCUGCCGGCUCUCUGUUCAACUGCCCCCCCCCCCCAUUUCCCCUCCUCCACAGCCAUGGACAUCCUCCUCGCCCAGGUGCCAGAAUUAUACUGGCGACCCAUGUUGGGCUCUCCAUCCCUCCUCUCAGUUUACCCAGAAUCCUCAGUUCUCUUCCAUUCCGGCUGCCCUAGUGCAGAAGCCCUGUAUCUUCCCCCCUCAGAUUUCUGCUUUCUCAGGUUUUUGUCUUUAUUUGGAGAAGAGUGGGAGUGUGUUUGUUGUGUCUUUUUAGCCCUUGCCACAUUUACGUUCCGACUAUUCCCCCCCCUUCGAUUACCUUCCUUUGUCCCGCCCUCCCCCUGUAGGUCCCUGUAAAUGUGGAACCUGGGAGUACGGAUGCCACAGACGCUGGUUCCAUCAUUCCAUUCACACAAUGGAUUGGACGUGGAAACAUAGGAACUGACUGACUCACUGUCUAAGGAUCGUCUCUUGAUCUCUGCUUGGUUUUCUUUUCCGUCAAAGGGAACAAAAACAGACCCUGUUGGUCAGAUGAAAGACAAUACUUUCCCGUCAUCCGUUUUCUUUUCUUUUUUGCUAAAUCUAACGGACAUCUUGUCAGUGCCAAGACGUUUGUGUUCUUUGUUUGUUUCAUGUUUUUAUCUUUGACUUUAACAGGAACACCUGCCUUUGUUUUUGGUCACUGGUGUUAUAGAAGAUUUUUUUUUUUUUUUUUUUUUUUAGUUUAGCACGCCAGACCAAACUGAGGCUCGUCCUUAGCCUUGCAAUGUCCAGGAGAGGAGGCGAGGAAAGAGGAAGUUGUCCUGUGGACAUCUGACUCUUUCCAUUUUAUUGUUUUGUGCCAUAUGCCGCUCUUUGAUAUGCUUGCUUCCUUAUGUUCAUUGGCAAUAUUUGAAUACCAGACCAUAGUAAUGACUAUACAGUUCAAACAAUGGUACUUACUGUUUUUGAGUUUGACAGAUGAGGAGGAACCUGAGUGAAAGCUGUAUGUAUUUACCACCUAAGUUGCAGGAACAAUAGCUUGGAUGUAGCAAGGAGAGCCAUUGGAUGCAUGAAACGGCUGCACACUGAAUAAAAAGAGGAGAGCUUGUGGGGUGUUCAGGGUGAAUGGUGGGAUUUUUAUAUAUACUGUAAAAUGAAUAGUGAUUAUUAUCUUUGUAAAGGAAAUAUAAUUAGAGAUAUGUGUUUAGUUGAAUGGAAGAAGAGGCACAGAUCUGUACUUUCUCAACACUUAAACUCCACACACUGAUGAUUUUUAUCAGCCGUUACAAAGUUAGAACCUUUGCUCAUUGUGCUUAUUUUUUAGAGCAUGGAGGUGUAUUGGUACUGUAUGCUGUAAAGAUUUCUAAUGUCCUAAUUACAAAUAGAAAUUAAUUUAUUAUAAAAUAAGAUCUGUCAACCUUAGUAGCUAUUAACAUACUGACAUUAAAUGAAUAAUACACUUGAUGAAAGCUACCAAAAAUAUGUUUUUGUUGCUACCAUUCCUAGUUUCAGGCUUGCGAGUUGUUUUGUUUCAGUGAGGAAGCUGUUUAAGGGUUGGUAAGAUAUCUUCCAGUCUGUACCAUUGUUUAAACUAAGGAGGUCUGCUAGAUUUCUUCAUAUUUGAUGUGUUGUAUUUCUUUGUCUUGUCUCUGGAGGUUAAGUAGCGUGGAUGUCAGGUCUUUGGAUUUGUUUUGUUCUGGCCAUUCAGGAUGCCCACACGCUGAAACAGACUGGUAUCAAAUGGCCACAAAAAUGCCAGAUGCUGAAAAUAAACUGACAUUGUGACUUGGCUUGUUAACUGUAUUAAUACUGUAUUUGCUUGAAUGCAAAAAGAUGUAAAUUAAAACUACCAUGUUAAACAUGUACCUUUUACCCUGGAGGAAUGCCAUUCACCAAACUGAUUUCUGUUGUCGAGGUCAUUGCGUUUAUGAAACAGUCCUGCUUGCUGGGAGAGAUGUUUUAUGAGUUUGAGUCAAGAGGUGUUUGAGGUGAGUGCAGAAAAACAAGUUGGCCGUGAAAACAAGAGAUGAUUUGGUGGCUUGUUCUCUUUCUGCAGGAUCUUUGCAGAUCUUUUAAUUUCACAUAAUUUCCAAAACAUGAUAACUUAAAGUGUCCUUUUGUAUGUGACCUGUACUAUAUGAUUCAUUUAAUAUUGUAUAUAUGAUUUACCUUGUUUCAUGUAGUGUUAUAUAUCUAGAUUAAUUUUGUACAAAUUGUCCCUCUGUACAGAAUAAAACAUCAAUAGCAAGUGAAAGAAGUCAAUCUGGCACAUACCGUCUUAUUUCUCCACUUUUUGUUUUUAGAUGUACUUUCAGCAACACAAGGAUUUGGAAAAUGUUCUUAUUUUUAUUAUCAAAUCUGCAAAGUUUCCUCCCUCCUCUAUAUAACUGACAAAUGUUCAUGCCCGUUGUGUGCUCCUAUCACUGUCUUUAGUGGUGUACAACUAUAUAGUAUAAAUAAAGAGAUUAUUUGAAUAUA